AUGAGCUUGUCAAAGAAAACAUUAGACUGUCUUGAAGAUGGAAGGUUGUGUGAUAUGCAUGAAAAUGCAAGUGCUUACCAUGAUGAAAAGUCUUACCAACAUAGAGAGGGAAGCCAGUGUUUAGAUGGGACUGGAAUUGCUGAUAUAUGUGUAAUAGAAAUGCCUGACCAGUGUGAAGAUAACAGACACAGCUACACAGAGAGUUGUGGCAGUAGUACAGAAGGUCAUAGCUCUACUAAAUCGAAAGCACCUCUUUAUUUUGGCAUGAAUACAAAUAUAGAUGAAAAAGCUCAUGUACACCAAGAUAUUAGCGAAGACCUGGACAUUCAGAAAAAUGUGAACACAAUUGUCCAAACAGGAACCGUAUACAGUGACAAAGUAGAUUCGUGCAUAACUGAUCAUAAUGAUUUUGAUAAAAAUGUCGGUAGCACUUGCAUUGAUGGAAAGAAAAUCAAUAGUUUCAACAUGGAAACACAUACUGCAGGCCAAGGUAAUGAGUGUCCAUUCGAGAAGAAAUGGAAUAUAAUUGUUCCUGCUGGAACAGGUAAAGAGCUGGAUGAGGAAAAAGAAGGUCAAUGCUUUGAUGAGAAAACUAAUGCAGCAACAUGUACACGACGAAAAGCUAGAACACCUAAAAAAUAUGAUGAGGGUUUCGGACAUCUUCCUUCAAGAAUACAUGAAUGUACAAUUUGUUGUAAAACUUAUUUCAGGAAAGAUGACUUGGAAAAACAUAUAAGAACACAUUCUGAAAAGAAACUCUAUGUUUGUAAAGAAUGUGAUGAAAGAUUUGCUGAUGAAUUCAACCUGAAUAUGCAUAGGAAGAUGCACAUGGAAGUAGAACAAUACAUCUGCACAGAAUGUGGGGCAACUUUUAGUGAGAACCAUUUAUUUAAUGAGCAUCUCAAGACACAUACCAGUGAAGAACCAGUCCCAUGUGUUAAGUAUAACUCUGGGUUUUCAGAGGAGCCCAAGCUUGCCGCCCACAUGAGAAUAUAUGGAAGGGAAAAAGCACACGCAUGUGAAAUAUGCAAUCGAAAGUUCAUGCAAAAAAGUGUCCUUGAAUGUCACAUGAGAACUCAUAGUGAUGAAAGACCGUAUGUUUGUGAGGUAUGUGGUAAAGGGUGUACAACACAAGGAAACUUGACAAAGCAUUCAAGAUCCCACACUGGUGAGAAGCCAUUCCAGUGUAACAAAUGCGGCAAGAAGUAUCAAGAUAAAAGUAGCUUAACACAUCACAUACGAUUACACACUGGUGAGAAGCCAUUUGAAUGUGAUAUUUGCCACAGGUGCUUUGCUUUACGAAAAGCCCUUGUUGAACACAAGACAGUACACACUGGGGAGAAACCUUUCCAAUGUAACGAGUGUGGUUAUGUUUGUAGAGUAAAAAGUCGGCUCCAACAACAUAUGUUGAUACAUAGAAAAGACACAAACUAUCAGUGUGCAGAAUGUCACAAGAUUUUCACCCUCAAAAGUACUCUCAAGAAACAUAGGCGUGUUCACACUGGUGAGAAACCACACCGAUGUAGUGAAUGUGAUAAAUCAUUCAGCUGGAUCGACAACCUUGUAAAACACAGGAGAAUACAUACUGGUGAGAAGCCUUACCAGUGCGAUCGAUGUGGUAACUGUUACACACAAAAAACUGGUCUGGAUUCACAUAUGAAAACACAUGCAAAGGAUACAUGA